AUGGGUUCGAUGGAAGCAAAGGACAAAGAAUCAUCCUUCAAUAGCAAUUUCCAGUUUGAUGUUGUUGGGAAGCUGUACGAGGCUUUCAAGUCGUUGCUGAAACGAUUUCCUAAUACCGUCUCGGUGUUUGUCGAUAUCACUUUGGUCCUUGUUCUGACUGUUGCGUUAGCUCUGUAUUCUUGGCACUUCUUCUUCAGAGGUUUAUUGAGGAUGAUUCACGAUGAGAACGCCAACCAACCAAACUGCUUUACUGGGUUCCGAAGUGUCACAGAAGCGAUCAAACAACGAACUGAUGGAGAACGAUCCCUCAACACUGUCAAGUUUGACGUUGGAGGAAGGCUUUACGAGGUUUCCAAGUCCUUGUUGGAACAAUUCCCUAGUACCAUCUUGGCCGAGAAGGUUCAGAAGGGUUCCUCGUCUUCCAUUCCCAUUUUCAUCGACCGGGAUCCUGAUCGAUUUGCAUUUUGUCUUGAUUACAUGCGCGAUAUUGGUGUGGUGCAUUUACCAGAGAAUGUCCCCAAACCAGCAAUUCUCAAAGACCUCCAGUUUCUAGGCUUUGCGGACAUUGACGGAACAAAGAUUGACGACGAGAAGGCAAAGCAAAACUGCCUUUCUAGGUUCAACCACCUUACAGAAGAAACCACACGACGAAUUUGGACAUUGGAGAAGAAGGCAGAGGCAUUGGAAAAAGAGCUCUUGGAACAAAAGAAGAAACACGAGAUGGAAAAGUAUGCAACAAAAAAGUUAUUGAUGAAAUCUAAACCAAAAUCAUCGAUGACACUAUCGAAGAAACGAAAUCCGAAAUUAUCAAAAUUAUUGUUGAGACCAGCAAAGACACUAGAUCCAAAAUUAUCAAAACUAUCGUUGGGAUCAAGGAGACUGAAUAUUCGGGGCAAACUAAGCCGCCGCAAUCCUCUAGCAUUAGCAUCAUCAAAAGUAUCACCGCAAGACGAGUAA